AUGAAUAUAUUGGAUGGUGGCUUCAAGCGCUGGUCUAACUUUUGCACAGUACUGUACAUUACUGACUUGCUCUAGGUCGUCUCCCAGUGACCGGACCUGUUUUACUAGCCAGCGCUGCAUCUAUUAAGAUUUAAAUCUGGAUGCAGAAAUCUGUGGACUUUCAGGACAGGCGAGGACAGAAUGAGCUUCUGUCGGGUGAAAAGGGCCCGAGGUGCGCAGGCAGCACAGCGGCUUGGGGGAGAGGUAACUGAACACUGCUUUGUGUGAGGCUGUCAGGGGUGAUGGUGUGUAAGAGUCUGUACAGAAACGCGAGCCUUGGUAAACAGCAAUAAUAUGCCACUCCCCCAGGGCCUCACAGCUACACGGUCAGCCGCGCAGCGAUUUACAAAGCGCCGAGGAUCAGAAUGCCAGAGUGGCCAACAGGUUCCUCCGCCCUCGAAGUGACCCAGAAUGCCGCUGGUAAAGAGGAACAUCGAGCCCCGGUACCUGUGCCACACGGCACUGCCCCGGGGCAUCAAGAACGAGCUGGAGUGCAUGACCAACGUGUCCCUGGCCAACGUCAUCCGCCAGCUCAGCAGCCUCAGUAAAUAUGCAGAGGAUCUGUUUGGGGAGCUGUUCAACGAGGCGCACUCCUUCUCGUUCCGGGUGAACUCCCUCCAGGAGCGAGUGGACCGACUGUCCAUCAGUGUCACCCAGCUCGAUCCGAAGGAGGAGGAGUUGUCCCUGCAGGACAUCACCAUGAGGAAAGCUUUCCGGAGCUCCACCAUCCAGGACCAGCAGCUGUUUGACAGGCGGACGCUGCCCAUGCCCCUGAAGGAGACCUUCGAGCUGUGUGAAAAGCCACCACCCCUCAAUAUCCUCACGCCGUAUAGGGAUGACGGCAAGGAGGGACUGAAGUUCUACACAAACCCGUCCUACUUCUUUGACCUUUGGAGGGAGAAGAUGCUCCAGGACACGGAGGACAAGAGGAAAGAGAAGCGGAAGCAGAGGUUGCUGGACCACAUCAGGUACGAUCAGGUCUAUAGAUAUUUAGACCUCUCAAGCCAGCUGAAGAACAUCGAGCGCCCCCAGGAGCCGGAGAAGGUGCCACGCCCCCCACCGGACAGACGCAAGGAGUGGCAGAAGAGGGCACUCGGGCCGGAGCUGGCUGAGGACAACAUCAAUGAGGUCCACAAGCACAAGGAGGCCAACGGCUCCGCGCCGCAUCAUGACGCCAGGCAGCCUUUGUACAUGGACCACAUGGAUGGGCCCUUCUCCCUGGCCGCCCUCCCGUAUUGCCAGAUGAAUGAGCUGCUGAACAGGACUGGCGACAGGAUAUACGUACGCCCCCACGAGCCCCCGCCGCCGCCGCCGCCCGUGCACUCCGCUGGAGACUCAAAAGAAGCCUCCGUCAUCAGCUCCAGCUCUGGCUACACCGACAGCCGCCCCCAGUCUCCCGCCAGGACGCCAGUAUUCCUCAAUCCCAAUGCCCCGCCCCCACCCCCGCCCCCCUUGCCCCCGCCCCCACCUCCCCUGCCAUCCGCGGUGCCCGGGUCUGGUGCUCGUGGCACUCCCCCUCCACCUGUGCCACCCCUCCCUGUCCAGCUUCCCGCCAUUCCGCCAGCCCCCGCUCCGCUCCAGAUCGCCCCCGGGGUCCUGCACCCUGCCCCUCCCCCCAUUGCCCCACCCCUUCACCCUGCCUCUCCAGCACGCCUUCACCAGGUUGUGGACAAAAGCCAGCUCCCCUCCCAGCCGGACGGAGGGACCAUCCUCCCUCCGCCACCCCCACCACCACCGCUACCCCUUCCGGGAGCAAGGACCUCCUCCCCCUGCCCCACACCCCCUCCUCCAGGCCCACCCCCGGUGCCUUCCUUUCUGUCGGGGGCUAUGUCCUCUCCGUCGGCCCAUGCUGUGCACGAGGUGAAGCGCUACCCAUCCAGCCUGCCGCCCAUCAGCGACGCCCGCAGCGUGCUCCUGGAAGCUAUUCGCAAAGGGAUCCAACUCCGCAAGGUGGAAGAGCAGCGGGAGCAGGAAGCCAAGCACGAGCGCGUGGGGAACGACGUGGCCACCAUCCUGUCGCGCCGCAUAGCUGUGGAGUACAGCGAUUCCGAGGACGACUCCGAGUUCGACGAAGUGGACUGGAUGGAAUGAGCCUGCCCAGUUCAUCCUUCGUCCCCCCCUGUGUUACAUCAUUUUCUUUCAGUUACCGAGUUCGAUCUUCAUUUGUGGUUCCAGUUUUGGAGGGAAGUUGCAGACAAGUUCCCCCCCCCCACCCCAAAGUGUUUUCGCGAAUGUUUUGUACUCAUUUUCUACAUCUUUUUUCCUAGUCCUCGGAAAUACUCCUAUUGUACAAUUCACAGUGAAAUAACUACAUUGCAUCUUUGUUUUCCUACUAUGCUAAAAGAGAGGGACGUUCAUUUGCUGUCGAGCAUUAUGUGUAAUAAUGUCAGGACACCAUCCUCUUUUCUGGUACAAUCCUGCCACCUUCUGGAUGCAAAUGGAAUUAAUGAAAAACAUCCUUUUUUUUCCCCCAGCACUACCCAGCUGUGAAGGGCCAGUAAUUGCUGGAGCAAACUAAGCGAAUUAACACCUCCAAGUACUAAUACUGAUGGUUUCUGAAGGAGCUGAUUAUCUUUGUAUAUAUCAUAAAAAAAAUUAUAAGAAUCACAGUUUUUUUUUUUUUUUAAAAAAAAAGGUUUUCUUUGAAGGAACAGGUAGGAGCAGAUUAGCAGGGGAGAUUUGGACACCUAAUUCACAUUCACAGGUAAACUAGUGAUUUACCAAGUGUUGUGGUUGAUACGGCCAUUAAAGACCAGAACUGUCCAUCUUUAAAUUAGUAAAAGAUUUAUGAAAGUGAAGCAAUCUAACCUGUUGGUGCUGUGCUGUAAGCAUCUGGACCAGUUUGACUUCACCUGUACUAGGGGGGGUCAGUUCAAAUCUGACAUUUAUGUAUUUUUUUUUUUUUUAAUCCGGGUUUGUCCUCAGUGAACCACUGUAGUGAGCUGGCGUGACGCAUCGUGCACGUUUCACGAGAGCUGGAAACGGCGCAUUGCGGAGCGAAGCGAUUCUGCUGUGUCAUGGCGUCCCGCUUGUCGCCAUGUGGCCCUCGGACAGCCCGGCUUCUCAGUGGCCUGUGGUCCAAUCACACAUCGCUCCGCCUUAUUCUUUGUAUUAUACAUAUUGUUCAGUUCAUGAAUGUAUUGUGCUGUGCUACCUUGCCUGCGCUUUUAAACAUUAGUUGUUUCCACGUGAAAAGAUCUUAUUUCAAAAUACUGUAUACCUGGUAACUUAUGUAACUGUUGAUUGUAACAGUUUGCUUGGAUUAAUAAAAGCUAAUGUAAUGUUUCCCCAAUUGCCAGAAUUCACGUUCCUGCAGUGGGUGUUUGCAGUGGGGUCACUGCGGUCCCUACUGUGUACCUACCCUGAAUUUAACAGCCUACUUAUGUAGAGCCAGAACUAUAGGUUCUGUCGUGGGAUCUAUCCAUCGAUCUUUCAUAACCACCUAGUCAAAGCAGGGUAAUGUUCAGCCUGGGGCCUGUCCCAGAAAUCACAGGGUACAUGGCAUGAGACAAAGACUGCAUAUCAUGUGCCGUCUCGGGGCAGAGGCACACACACCAAGGGCAACUAUAUGAUACGAAAUUGCAUGACUACAUGUUUGGGGACUGUGGGAGGAAACCGGAUUAAGCAGAGGAAACCUACAGUAACAUGGAGGAAACGUAAAAAACGUCGCAAAUUAGAACUUGAACUCAUAACCCUGGAGGUGUGAGGGUCACAGUCUUACUUCUAGAGAUUCGGUCCUGGGAUCUAAGCAUUAAUUCUAUUACAAACGGCAUGAAAACUUCUGACCACAGAAGAUGGCGUUCUCGGAAAGGGGCGAGGGGUGAUGCUUUUCAAAUACUUUGUUUUCCAGAACGAUUUGCAUAUACAUUGCUGGACGGGUGAACGUCUGAAAAUAUUACAGCAGCCUGUUCAUGUUAAUUACCAGUCCAUUUUGAGUAAUUAUGUGGAUGUGCUUGCAGAGUCAAGUGAAUUAUUUUGGGGUUUGAAUUUUUAAUAUAUGACGGAGUAGAAUAAGUGUCCCUAGCAGGUGUCAAGAGAUGAAAGGCAGAACAUAAAUAUGUAAAUGAGUUGGUUUUCUCUGGGACUGACAAUGAUUGAAAACAUUCAUUCAUGUUUUAUUCCCCAAAAUAGGCAGGUGAGUGAGUUUCUCCAUGCUACUCCCUUAAGCAGUAGAACUACUCCAGUCAAUCUGCUAUUAUGCUGCUGUCAGAAUGUCCCUGUCAGCCCUGUCAUGUUCCUGUUUGGCCAGCAGAUGUCGCUGGCCAUCCCUUAGUCCCCUAAUGUGUCAAUUACUUGCACCUGUCUCUUGUUAAUGACUUGUUUUCUAUGUGUAUAUGUGCUUGUCCUUGGCAUGCUUCCCAGCUCGGUCAUUAGUGUGGCUGUAGAUGUUUUCUGUGUUUGUGGUUGAGUUCGAGUGUUACGAGUUCAUUGUUGCCAUUUGUCCUAGUUUUUCCCCAGAUUAGCCCUAGUCCCAUCCAUUUGGAUCUUCUUUGUCUUUACUUUUGACCCCUAAUGGUCCAUUGGAUUGUAAUUUUGUGUGUUUUUGUAUAUAAUAAAGUCCCCUUUGGUGCUG